AUGGAUGACGCCGAUGACAGCACACGCCCUCCCAAGCGUCGCAAGAUCCGGAUCGCAUGCCAACAAUGUCGCGACAAAAAGACGCGAUGCGACGGGGCGCGGCCCGUGUGCCAGGCCUGUGUGCGCAAGAAGCUGGGCCCCGAGAGUUGCGUCUACCUCGACCCCUCGUCUGAGCUCUCGGACACUCGGUACGUCCAGGGCUUGGAAACUCGCAUCAGAGAGCUGGAGCAGGUCGCGCGGGGUGGGUUUGCAGACACAGCUGGUCCGACGAGUCGGCUGAACAACACGCGCCCGCCAGAUCAUGGACCAACUUCACAGCCCGAACCGAAUCGAUCGAGUCGCGAAAUAGCUUUGCCUCGUAACGACGAUAGAAACAUGUCGAGAUAUUCGAAGCCGGUGUCUCCAUCUGCGCAGACGAUCGAGUCGACCCCUCAUACAAACGAUGCUCAUAUUGUUGCGGCUCACCUCCUGGGUCUCAAUGGCUACCGCGAGCAGCCUUCGCGCGUUCCGGACAGUUUCCAAGACUUCCCUCCUCAAGGCGACGCCUCCGAUGCCACAGCAAUGUUCCCGGGGGAUGAUCCACAGCCAAAAACCCCACGAAGCCAUCCCCAACUUUCUCAUCGCCAGCAACAUCGGGUUACCGAGCCACCAGCAAGGCCCAGUAGCUUCUUGUCUCAGGGCAGGACCGGCUCGUAUGUACCGCCUACCCAAGGAGACCUUGAAAACACCGAGAUGGACGAAGAUGAGCAGCCGAGUGAUGCCAUGGGCGCUUCCGAAGGAACACCGAUAAACUCCAACAACAGCCUCUUCUUUGGCCCAUCAAGCGCGGCUGCCUAUAUGAAAUCAGUCCAAGAGACUCUGGGUACGGGGGGUCAUGGCUUUCAUGGUGCGGAAGACGGCGUGAGCUCAACCGUUUCGCGCGCGUCCUAUAGGCGGCAAAUGAAGUUGAAAAGGGACAUGGAGAAUCUGCUUGAUGGAUUGACCCUGCCGACACGAAGAUUGGCCGACGCACUCCUUGAGGUGUACUGGGACAACAUACAUCCUUUCUACCCCAUACUUCACAAACCAUCAUUCAUGCGCAGGUAUAAUGAGAUCUGGUCACAGGCUGACAGCAGCCACGACGAGUUACACCACUUCGACGGAAACGUGCAAAGGCUGAGAGCGUUCCACGCAACUCUCAACAUUGCACUUGCCCUUGGAUGCAUUCGCGCCCGUUCCGACGCUUCUUCUUUGAAAAGCGCCAAGAUUUAUUAUGACAGAUCGAGCCAGUUACUUCAGGACGCGGAUAUGGAACAAGGGUCAAUCCAGCUGGUCCAGGCCCUGGUCCUCACCGCACAAUAUCUGCAGAGCACCGAUAUGGCCAACAGAUGCUGGAUAACCAUUGGCAACGCCAUCCGAAUAGCUCAGGGAAUUGGAGUGCAGCUGGAUCGUCCCUCUGAGAGUCAGGCUGAGCGUGAAGAGAGGAGGCGGACCUGGUGGUGUUGUAUCCUCAUGGAUCGGGUGUUGAGCAUGACUUUCGGUCGGCCGGUCAUGGUUGUUUGGCGAACAGUGGUCCCGAAACCAGAACCUAUAGAUGAUGAAUCCCUGUCUGAAAAGCCUGGGAGUUCCAGGGAGCCGAUGACAAUGCAGGAACUCUCAACGAAUGCCUUCUUUUCUCAGACACUCAAGCUUACUGAUGUUCUGAUGUUGGUGCUCACAAAUUUCUACCGGCCUGUCGAGGAAAGAAGAAUUAGCACCCUAAGCAAUGACCCAAUCUCUAAAUUAACUCUAGUCGUUGAAGUAGACAACGAGUUAGCACGGUGGCGACAGCAAUUACCUCAGCACCUGAUAUUCCAGCCAUCCGAGCUGUCUAGCGAGACCAAUCCUAUAUAUACAAGACAGGCGGCUUUGCUUCAUUCCCGGUACCUGCACCUAAGAAUACUGCUGUUCAGGCCCAUAACCAUAGACCUCUCUAGUGGCGUUCUUUUAGCGGCUACGGAACCGCAAAGGUCGACCGACUUCCAACAUAUGGUGAUUACAGGAUGUGUUCGCUCAUGUGUUUCGGCUGCUCAGGAGCUAGUCGAUUUGCUUCACAUUCAGCUACACAGCGACUGUGCCCCCCCGCGUUGGUAUGCGGUGUUCUAUCUCUUCAGUGCCGGGACCGUUCUGCUUUCGGUCUUAGUCUCACCAAAUCUUCAGCGCGCCUGUACAGAAAGUCUAGAAGGACUUCUGAACACAUGGUCUCGCUGUAUGGAGACUUUGACGUACUAUGGGCAGAUGGGCGACAUGUUCGCCAAGCGAUGUCAUAAGAUUCUACAGGCGGCUUUAUCUCCCCGUUCCCGGCUGGUCUAUGAUCAAGACCCCAUUCAGACCGAAAACAGCGAACACGCCCACCGAGUGUCAAACGAGGGUAACGUGGACCAGCCGUCCACACUGGAUGAGUUCCAGGCGUUGCUACAAGAUCCGGAUCUCGCCGAUGCUAUGGCAUGGCCGGCAGGGAGUCAGGACUGGCUCAACAGCCUACCAGAGGAGAGGAGCGGUGUUUUCGCCCCAAAUGAUUAUGUGACGUCCAUCUAA